GGGCCUUCCUACCGCGCGUUCAAAUCCACGAUCCUGAAUUCCUUCAUCGCCUCCUUCGUCCGACGGUUCGGUCGGACCGGGAUAUACAGAGCCUACAUGUUUGGCUCUCCAACAAUAAUGAUCACGACGCCUGACGCCUGCAAGCAAGUUUUAAUGGACGACGAGCAUUUCGUCACGGGGUGGCCCAAAGCGACGUUGGAGCUCAUCGGGAAGAAAUCGUUCAUCGGUAUAUCUCACGAAGAACACAAGAGGCUAAGGAGACUAACGUCAACUCCGAUCAACGGUUACGAAGCCCUUAAUACGUAUCUUCAUUUCAUUGACGAGUCGGUAGUUUCGACUUUAGAAAAAUGGGCAGUGAUGGGAGAGUUUGAGUUCCUCACCGAGCUUCGGAGACUUACUUUUCGGAUUAUAAUGAAGAUAUUUCUCAACAAGGAGAGCGAUGUUAUAACGGAAUCCUUGGAGAGGGUAUACACCGAUCUCAACUACGGAGUGAGAGCAAUGGCUAUAAAUUUCCCGGGUUUUGCGUACCAAAAGGCCCUUAAGGCUCGGAAAAGGUUGGUGGAAGUUCUCCAAACAGUUCUUGACGAAAGAAGAGUUGCGAGCAGAACGUGUUCGAAUCCGACAGCGAAAGAUAUGGUGGACAAUUUAAUGGAGAUUGUCGAUGAGAAUGGUAGAAAAUUAACUGACGAGGAGAUCAUCGAUGUAUUGAUCAUGUACCUGAAUGCUGGUCACGAAUCUUCGGGACAUAUCACCAUGUGGGCCACCGUGUUUUUGCAGGAAAACCCUGAGAUUUUCAAACGAGCUAAGGCCGAGCAAGAGGAGAUUAGAAGGAACAGACUGCCGACGCAGGAGGGGCUGACACUUAAGGAGGUCAGAAAAAUGGAGUACCUGUCACAGGUUAUCGAUGAGACACUACGUCUAGUUAACAUUUCAUUUGUGUCCUUCCGAAAGGCAACUACCGAUGUCUUCAUUAAUGGUUAUAUUAUACCAAAAGAUUGGAGAGUUAUGCUUUGGUACAGAAGUGUCCACAUGGAUCCUGAAGUUUACCCUGAUCCUAAGAAGUUCAAUCCAUCUAGAUGGGAUGGUCCCCCACCCAGAGCAGGAUCUUUUCUCGCCUUCGGUGCUGGAAGCAGAUUGUGCCCUGGAAAUGAGCUUGCGAAACUAGAGAUCUCUGUCUUUCUCCACCAUUUUCUCCUGGGCUAUAAGCUCACAAGGCUAAAUCCAGAGUGCCCAGUGAGAUACUUACCUCAUCCUCGGCCCACAGAUAACUGCCUCGCGAGAAUUACAAAGCUUUCGAGUUCAUAAUUGUAAAGCAAAUUCACAGAUUCCAAUAGAUUUCAGUGUUCUCAUUAUUCUGAACAUCAUAAACAAGAAUGAAAUGUAGUUGCUCUUCAUUUCAGCGUCAAACGGGCACCAUGGAAAGUACAUGCCACUCAGCCAAAGACAGAUAAUGGAGAGUUGACCGAAAUGAGCACUAAAUACUUUCUGGGAGAUCUCCAAAUCACUGGCAUGACUAUCGAAAUCGUGUGGCUCUAUUUCAUUAUAUUCCAUCUAUAUCCCAAUCAUUUUCGUAGCCUUUCUUUUUAAUCAAGGAUGUUUACUUGAAUAUUUAGUUUCUUUGAUCAUAACCAUAUAUCAAAUCAUCUACUUCCGCCUUUUUUGUUUUCGAUCCUUACGAGUCAGAAGUCGUGCUCGGUGAAAUUGUGACUUGAAGCUCAAAAGAUCUAGCCAGGUUCAUUAUGGAACUAACAAACCAUGGGAGAAGGUUUACAUGUUCCAAAAUGUGUGCAUCCUCAUAAGCACAUUAUGUUGUGUUAAAUUGUCAGAGUGGUUCAAUGAAAUUCUACUAUUAUUUAGGAGAUCUA